AUGGCGACAUCGGAGAUCAACGAUUUUCCGUUUUCCGUAGUGUCGAUUGUGGAAGAUGUUCUUCAGCAGCAUAGUAGCCGAUCAAGCGACGUUGGGUUGGUAUCUCGGAUAGUUGAGGAAUCCUCUUUAAGAAGAUACGAAGCUGCCGGGUGGCUUAGAGAAAUGAUCGGAGUUUCCAGUGGCAGAGAUUUUCCGGCGGAACCUUCGGAAGAAGAAUUUCGGCUUGGAUUGCGCAGUGGGAUCGUACUUUGCAAUGUUCUUAACAAAGUUAAUCCCGGGAAAGUGUCAAAGGUUGUUGAAGCGCCGGACGAUGUAGCAGAUGGAGCUGCUCUCUCUGCUUUCCAGUAUUUCGAAAACAUCAGGAACUUUUUAGUCGCAAUAGAGGAAAUGGGUUUGCCAUCAUUUGAAGCUUCAGAUAUGGAGAAGGGAGGCAAGUCUAUUAGGAUUGUGCAUUGCAUUCUUGCCCUUAAGUCUUACAACGAGUGGAAACAGAAAGGUGAAGUUGGUCCUUGGAGGUAUGGUUCGAACAUGAAAAAUAAUUUCGGAUCGAGGAAACCAUUUCUGAGGAAAAAUCCAGAGCCGUUCAUGAGUUCCAUGUCAAGAACCCAGUCAACUGAUCAACCUUUGUGUGAGGUUGGGCAAGAAGGAGAUUCUAGAUCUAUUAACGCGCUUGUUCGCUCGUUUAUAUCAGACAGAAAGCAUGAAGAUAUUCCAAGUGUUAUAGAGUCUGUGCUGAACAAAGUUAUGGAAGAAGUCCAGCAGCGCUUGACAAUCCACAAUGAAAUGAUGAAAUCGAGUUCAAAGCCUAUUCCAGAAGAUGAUUUAUCCUGCGAGACAGUAGUACAGUCUCAGAAGUGUGAGAUAAGAGAACAUGAGGAAGAAGAAGAAAACAGUCCAUCACAGGUCGUAGAAGAAAAGAUCCAGAGGACAAAUUCUGAACGCUGCGAAGAACAGGAGAUUCUUUUGAAUCAACACAAACACAUCCAGGAGUUGAAGCAAACCUUAAACACUACAAAAGCAGGAAUGCAAUUACUGCAGAUGAAGUAUCAAGAAGAUUUCUUUCACCUAGGCAAGCACUUAAAUGGUUUAGCUUCUGCGGCUACGGGAUACAAAAGAGUUAUGGAAGAGAACCGCAAAUUGUACAACCUAGUGCAGGACCUAAAAGGAAACAUACGAGUGUACUGUCGGGUUAGGCCGUUCAACCCAGGGCAAGAAACUGGUUUGAGUUCUGUGGAACAGAUAGAAGAGGGGACUAUAACGAUGAGAUUGCCAUCAAAGUAUGGGAAAGAAGGACGAAAACCAUUUAUGUUCAACAAAGUCUUUGGUCCUUCUGCAACACAAGAGGAGGUGUUCUCAGACAUGCGGCCUUUGGUACGGUCGGUUCUUGAUGGCUACAAUGUCUGCAUCUUUGCUUACGGCCAAACCGGGUCCGGUAAAACGUUUACCAUGACAGGGCCUAAGGAACUGACUGAAGAAAGCCUAGGUGUGAACUACAGGGCACUGGAAGAUCUGUUUCUUCUAUCAGAUCAAAGAAAAGAUACGACCAGCUACGAGAUCUCGGUUCAGAUGCUUGAAAUUUACAACGAGCAAAAUGGAAUUAAUGUUCCGGAAGCAAGUUUAGUGCCUGUCUCAUCAACCGAUGACGUUAUACAGCUGAUGGAUCUCGGACAAACGAACCGUGCGGUGAGCUCUACAGCCAUGAAUGACAGAAGUAGUCGAUCUCACAGCUGUGUCACUGUUCAUGUUCAAGGCAGAGACCUCACCUCUGGGGCUAUCCUCCGUGGUUCUAUGCAUCUGGUUGAUCUCGCUGGAAGCGAGAGAGUGGACAAGUCUGAGGUGACUGGAGACAGGCUGAAGGAGGCUCAACACAUCAACAAGUCCCUCUCAGCUCUUGGGGAUGUUAUCUCUUCGCUUUCCCAGAAGACUUCUCAUGUGCCUUACAGAAACAGCAAACUCACCCAGCUGCUGCAAGACUCCCUCGGAGGAUCAGCCAAGACGCUUAUGUUCGUCCACAUUAGUCCAGAGGCUGAAACUCUUGGAGAAUCUAUAAGCACUCUCAAGUUUGCUGAACGAGUGGGGAGUGUCGAGCUAGGCGCUGCUCGUGUGAACAAAGAUAACUCAGAGGUCAAGGAGCUUAAAGAACAGAUUGCGAAUCUUAAAUUGGCUCUAGCGAGGAAAGGAAAUGGUAAUGAUGUACAACCAAGCGCUAUACCAGUCAACCGUGAGAGAAUAUCGAGAAGAAGAUCACUUGAAACUCCUACCAUUCGACCCAAACUUCCAAGCAACCUUAGGCCCCAGGUUAUGGAUCUAAGUGGACCAGAGGCUUAUAGCGAUACAGCAUCUUCAAGAAGACACAGCUUAGAUCUUCAUGAGCUGAUGCAAUCUUCUUCUCCGUCUUGGCGGAGGCAAACGCUUAAUGCAAAAGACGAGGAUGCAGAGUUUAAGUCAGGGGAGUGGAUCGAUAAGCACGAACAGAGCGAUACAGCAUCUUCAAGAAGACACAGCUUAGAUCUUCAUGAGCUGAUGCAAUCUUCUUCUCCGUCUUGGCGGAGGCAAACGCUUAAUGCAAAAGACGAGGAUGCAGAGUUUAAGUCAGGGGAGUGGAUCGAUAAGCACGAAGAGUCACUUAACCCACAACUACGAUCACUAAUUGGUGGGAAGCAAGAUUUCGAAGUGCAGAGUAUUACAGACAACGAAUCUGAAGACGCAACAAGUGAUUGCUCUGACUCUGAUUUGAUGUGGCGAUUAAAGGUUCAAGUGAAUGUGCCCAGAGUUUCUAAUUUGCAGAGCUCAGCGAACCCCAAACCUAAGAAAAUCCAGCCCAGGACUGCUAAACCCUUAGAAACCAGAAGUUUAAUCCCGUCGCUGAUCCCAGCACCAAGCAAGAGACCUCCGAACACCACCGCGAAUUUGCAGCUGCAGCGACCAACUAGAGAUCCAAGACGCAGACUGAGUUUAGGCAAGUGA